UGUGUGUGUGUGUGUGUGUGUGUGCGUCCGUAGUAAACUGACACAGCAACGGAGAACGUUCAUACACAUCUAAAUAGGAACUGGUAUUCAAAUGAGAACCGUGUCAAUUUAACGAGGUUAUAACAAAUCAGAUGUUUUCCUUUCAGAAAGAGCUGUCACCUAAGGCCCUGUCUCCAGUGGUGCCUCUGAUCCUGAAGGCCUUGGUCUAUGAUGAAAAGAGAGGAGCGUGUAGCGUUGGUUCUAACGUACGAGAUGCAGCCUGCUACGUCUGCUGGGCCUUUGCCAGGGCCUACGAACCCACCGAGCUGAAGCCCUUCGUCACGCAGAUCGCCUGUGCUUUGGUGAUCACUGCUGUGUUCGACCGAAACGUCAACUGCCGUAGAGCUGCAUCAGCUGCCUUCCAGGAGAAUGUGGGAAGACAGGGCACGUUCCCCUACGGUAUCGACAUCGUAGUCGCAGCAGACUACUACGCUGUUGGGAACCUGAACAACUGUUACCUGUCCAUCAGUGUUUACAUCGCCAGUUUCCCAGAAUACACCAGGCCCAUGAUCGACCACUUGGUAGCCAUGAAGAUCAACCACUGGGACAGGGUGAUUCGACAGCUAGCGACAAAGGCUUUGCAUAAUCUGACGCCUCAAGCACCUGAUUAUAUGGCCACAACAGUUUUGCCUCAGCUGCUGCCCAUAGCGCUGGGCAUUGAUCUCCACAGUCGCCAUGGCGCCAUUCUGGCAUCUGCCGAGAUCAGCCACGCCCUCUACAAGCUGGCCAAUCAGAACAACAGACCGGUGACAGAGCUCAUCUCUUCAGACUGUGUGGAUGGACUCAAGAGCAUUCACCAGAGGCUGUUUGACAGAAAGCAGUACAGGGGUUUUGGUGGUGAGCUGAUGAGGCCUGCAGUCUGUUCUCUCAUUGAGAACAUGUCCCUCUCCAAGAUGCCGUUCAGGGACGACCCUGUCAUCACUGGCUGGCAGUGGCUGAUAGACGACACCUUGAAGAGCCUCCACCUCAUCUCAGCUGGACCGAGGGACGGAAUCAAGGAGGCAGCGGUGUCAGCUCUGGCAGCUUUGUGUGAGCAGUACUACCAGCCCCAGCCAGGCGUGGCUGACCCCCAGAUGCAGGAGGUCCUGGUGUCCCAGUAUAUAGCAGGGUUAAAGAGUACAGAGGUAUUGACCAGAUGUGGCAGUGCACUGGCCCUGGGUUCUCUACCAAGGUUCAUGAUCCAUGGAAAACUACACCAGAUCCUGUCAGGUCUUCAGCAGAGCUGUAGUCAGAGGGAGGUGUGUUUCACAGAGGCCAGGAGAGAUGCUGCCAAGGCCAUGGCACAGGUGUGUGUGACAGCGGGGGUAUCAGCCCAGAGAGGUUCUGAUUCUAUGGUGUGUGAGGGGAAUGUGUCGGCUGUCUACAGAGCUCUGCUGGACUGUAUGACUGACUACACACUGGACAGCAGAGGAGACGUAGGAGCCUGGGUGAGAGAGGCAGCCAUGACCAGCCUGAUGGAGGUGACUCUGUGUGUGGUGGGCACCGCUCCACAACUACUGUCACCAGACCUGGUGAAUGGUAUGAUGUGUAGCUUGGCACAGCAGUCAGCAGAGAAGAUCGACCGCUACAGAGCCCAUGCUGGAUCAGUGUUCGUCAGGCUCCUCCAUAGUAACAACCCUGCAGUACCUCACAUCCCCCACCGAGAGGAGCUGCUCGCCAUCUUCCCAACUGACGGGGCAGAGGGUCUGAACUGGAACGCUCCGUCUCAGGCCUUCCCCCACGUCACCCAGCUGCUCAGACUGCCCCAAUACCAGUACCACACACUGCUGGGGUUGACCGUGUCUGUGGGAGGACUGACUGAGUCUACGGUGCGUUUCUCCUCCCAGUCUCUGUUCGACCACCUGAUGCUGAUUCAGCAGGAUACAGCAGCGCUGGGACAGUUUAGUGAAGCACUGCUGCAUGUCUUCAGAGACAACCUGAGAAAUGACAGGGUGUCUAUCCCCUUCCUGAAGAUGCUGGACCAGAUGCUGGCUAGAGCCUGUUUUGACACCUUCACUACAGACCAGGAUCAUCAGUUCUGUGUGGACUUGUUGGCUCUCUGUAAGGAAGAGAUUAAGAGGUCCAAGGACACCCAGAAGCUCCGCUCUGCCAUCGCUGUGUUCUGUGGUCUGAUCCAGUUUCAGGGAGAGGUCCGUAAGAAGGUUCUGUUCCAGCUGCUGCUGCUCCUCUGUCACCCCUUCCCUGUGAUCAGGAAGACCACAGCCAGCCAGGUGUACGAGAUGCUGCUGACCUACGACGAUGUCAUCGACCCUGACGUGAUGGAUGAUGUCAUGACGUCGCUGAGUGACACCAACUGGGAGGAGGACGUCGCCACGGUGAGGACCCACAGAAACCAGCUCUGUGAUUGGCUAGGAGUACAGAAGCCCCAGCUCGUUGCCAAGGGUCCUGUCCAGUAGGCCUGGGGGAAACUAUUCUCAGCAGGAACUGAAGAACUGUAGCACAGGAUCCUUCAGGGUGGCAUUCUGUGUGACGCAUCACAAAGUACAGCUGCACUUCUAAAAGGUCACAGCCUUCAGUGAUGUUCCAAGACCCACACACUUUGCUACAGUACAUUCUAAUUGGUAUGCUAGUAUGGUCAUGAAAUGUAUGGUAGUCUGGGUUCAUCUGGGAUUCGUCUGUCUGUCUGUCUGUCUGUCUGUCUGUCUGUCUACUGCAAAAGUUUAAAAAAGAACAAAACCAACCUGUCAAUAAACAAACAGA